AUGAUAUUUUCCUUCUACAUCUUUCACCGUCACCAGUGCAUCUACUCCGUUCUCCUGUCCUCGCGCGAGGAGGCUCCGGACGGCGCCAGCGCGAGUGACACGUCGAGUGUAUCGACACCUGGCGCCGGGGCAACUCUGUUCCUCCCGACUGCGCCAGGGUCGGCAGCGACUCCAGGUUACCCAGGCUCUCGCCUCGGCGCGUCUGCGGACGGAGUUUUUCCCGCUUCUUCCGCCGGCUCUUCUCAAGCGGGGGCGGCGUCAGCAGCGGCGUCGUCGGCGUUUCCCAACAAGGGACAAGAAGACAGGCGUAGCGCAGCUCCAGGGAAGGGCGGAGGUCGAGAAGGCGCCAGCGGACACACUCGCCAACAACUGCACUUGGAGAAACUCCUGAGUGGCCUCCUCUUUUCAAUGAAAAAGUUCUGCGAGCAAAUUGGUCCGCAACCGCAACAGCCCGGCGCACCCCACGGCGGCUCAGUCGCGACGGGGGGCGCCGGGAGCGUCGCUAGUCAGCUGCAACAGAGGAGACCGUCCACCACAAUAGGAGGGCCUUUCCACGCUUUCACAACCCCAACAUACAAACUGCAUUGCCUGGAAACGCCCACAGGCUACAAGUUCGUCUGCCUCACGUCCCCCGAUGUACCCACUCUUCGCGACAGUCUGAACCACAUCUACGUGGCGUUAUUCGUCGAAUUCGUCGUCAAGGCGCCGGGAUACCGUCCGAGUCUGCCCGUUACUCAGCCGAUCUUUGUCGACCAGCUCGUCGCGUUUCUCAAGUCUCUCCCGUACUUCGCCCCUGCCACCGCCCAGCGCAUUCCGCCCGCAGCUGGUCCGCAGAAGCUGGCCGGGCGUCUGUCGGCUCAGCUUCUCCUCCUGCUUCUCUCGCGUUCGUCUCUCCAGCAGCCGUCCUUCUUCGAGGUCUUGGCGCAGCAGAAACUGCUAGAAAGCCUUCUUUCUGCCCUUCAGCACUUUGCCGAUGUUUUUCGGGAUCAGCUGGAAAGGGAUGAAGCGCCGCUUCGACGAGAAGCGGAGGCAAGGACCCAGAGACACGCACGGGACAGAGAAGACGAGGGAGCAAGGAGAGGGACGAGGCGGGGAGAAAGGGAAGAGAGGCGAGAGGCGAAAAGGGACAGAGAACGUGGGGGGCGCCGCCCGGGGCGAGUGCCGUCGUCUCUCUCGUCUGGAGACAGCGAUGGAGGCAGAUGGCUAGGAAGAGUUAUUGGGAGUGGGGGAAAACGGCUUCUAAGAAACGUAGUCUCUUUUUUAAAGCGCGCUUGCGAUGAAAUCACUUCUCGUCGCGCAGUUCUGUGGUGUCUCAAGCACUGGGAAAUCCUGUUUGGACUGUCUAUGGCAGGCAUCGAGUGGCAGAGCCUUGUGACGUCUUCUGCCUCCUUUGCGGAGCGCUUCUACGGGCUUCAGCGCCUCGACAAAGCUUUUCUUCCUCUCGCUUCCUCUCCUUUCUCGUCAUCCUCUCUUGCUUCCGGCUCUGAAGCUUCCAGAGAUGGCAGCGGGCCGCUCAGUCACGCUUUGGCCCAGGGGAAGUCCAAGGAGACCCGCGCACAGCUGUCCAGGCUGCUCCCUGCGGAGGAGUUGAGAAAGAACGAACAAGAAGCGGAGAUUAGGUCGUUGCUCAAAGGCUUGGAAAGAGGAGGACGGACGCCAGCGGGUGGCUUAGGGUUGCGGGGACGCCAGAUUUUCUUUAGUGUGAUUUUUCUUCUCUUACCUCUCCUCCGUCGGGGACUUCAUGCUGCCUACCUACGGAGUGUACGUACACUCGACGGUCCCUCGUCGGCGACCGUGUACGACUUCUUCUCCGAGCUCUCGCCGCAGGAAGCAGAGCGCCGAGCGGAGAACCAGAGCCGCCAGGAAGAUGAGCGAAAAGGCACACGAGACACGCGAGAGGGGGGCUCGCCGUCUCCUGCCGUUCCUGCUUCGUCCGCACCUUCCUUCUCGUCUUGUGGUGUGUGUGUUCGUGUUCGAAUCCUUCGGGAUCGUCUCGUCUCUGUGCUCUCCCGGACUCUGUCGACUCUCGGACAGAUUCGGCUCUCUAAGCUGCGGAGAGGUCUCUUCGUCCAGCGCCUCUGGCGCCUCCGUCGUCGUCUGUUUGUGGCUCUUUACUCUCCCGCUGUCGGAUUGUACGGCUUGGUGUGUUUUGUGUACAUGCUUCUCUACCUCGCAGACAACGCAAAGUUCCCCUAUUGGUCGCCUUACAUGCACAUGCUGGGCCUCGUUUACGUCCGUUCUCCCCCUCCUUCUUCGCCGUUCUCUCCCGUCUUCCCUCUAGCUCAAUCUUCCGCCUCUCUGCAGGGAUGCGCCGAAGCAUCAGAGGCGGUGGCACGGCAGAGCUUGCGGAGACGCAGAUUCCUCGUCGACUGCUGUGUACAGUCACUCACGCGGCUCUCCAAGCUUUCCCUCACCGUCCUCGUCCUCGCGCUCCGGCUGCUCGAGUGGUGGCGAGACUACGAAGCCGCUGCAGCCGCCGCAACGCAGGCAGAGUUUGCGUUCCCUGGACUCGGCGCCGCGGCCUCUCGCAGAGAAGGCUACUCAGCAAAGAAAGAACCAGACGAGGUUUCACCCCCACCAUCGCCUCUCUCCGACGAUGAAACAGGAGCCAGCGUCCACCGCGUUCUUCUGCCUCAGGAUGACCGCAUUUGCCCUCUUUGUCACACGCCCCGCACCAACGCGGCGUGUCUCCCGACCGGCUACGUCUUCUGCUAUCGUUGUCUUGUGAACUUCGUCCGCAUGCACAAUCGUUGUCCUGUGUCGGGGCGUCGCGUCAGUGAGUUUCACAUUCGAAGACUCUAUGAAGUGUGA